AUGGCGUCUAAUACUACACCUGCUGAUGGGAUUACCAAGCACAGGGCGUGUGACGAAUGCAGAUCCCGAAAACUCGCUUGCUCUAAAGAACCAGACGGCUGUUCCCGCUGCAAGAAAGAGGGAAUAGAAUGCUACUACUCGCCGCAGAAGCAGAUGGGUCGUCCUCGUAAGAGGCGGCACGUGGAUGAAAGCGAGGAUACCGUCGUGUCAGCACCAGCUGCUCAGCAGCCAGAGCAGCCUUUACUUUUCCUACAGCCAGCUGAUGAUACCUCUUAUGAGCAGUUCAACCAGGCUGUGUCUACUGAGGACUUUCUUCAGGAUCUCAGCUUCUUGGAUGAGCCUGCUGCUGUAAACGUGGAUACCUGGGACCUACUACCCAACUACAACGACACGCUUCCUUUCGGCCCCCAGAUCUUACAACAUGAUGGCUCACUUGGCGAAAAUGCGACAUUACCUGCACUUAAUCUCAGUGGUGUAGAUCUUCUUGGCAGUAUCAACUUUGGCGACACAGAUGUUCCGCAAGAAGCUGUUUCAAAGGACCUCAGCAACACACUGCAGCAAUAUCUGGCGUACCAGGUUGAAAUGCCUCAGUCAGAAUCACAUCAGUCGUCAGAUACUUCAGCAACACCUGAAUCUAGCAAUGCUACCUCUGCCGGUUCUCCCGGGGAUGCUAUAGGGGCACCAAGUCCUGCGAUGCAGUCUGUCCCUAUUGUGUCUUGUAGUUGCCUAUCAACACUCUACCUUGCUCUUGACUCUCUUGGUAAUCUACCUACCGAGGUCAUCCCAGCCAUGAAAGUCGCCCGGAAUGCGUCCAAGGUUGCUCACGAUGUCAUCAAAUGCACCGUCUGUUCUGCCCCCAUGGUUGACGAACCCACAAAGUCACCUCCUAUGCAGGCUUUCCAGAACCUCAUGCUUCUAGCCGCUCUGGUACCGUCCGCGUGCAACGCCUACGCAAGGAUUCUCGAGAUGGUAGAUGCAGAGGUUGCUCUCGCCAAGCAAGAGGGACGGACCUUCUGGUUCUCAUUCAAGGACAUAGGCGGUCUUUGGGGAUGUAUGGGCAACACCCCCAACGGCUGUACAGCUUUCCAGAGCUACAACAACAAGACCAUGGCUCCUGACCUGUGGCGACUGACAAUCCGAGGACUUCUUCGACUCGAUGUCUACGGGCUCGACGAGGAUGACCAGAGCAUACCGCAGCCGCUCAGUUACCGACAGCUGGGGCUCAAGGAUGUCGUUCAGCAGCUUGAAGAGCGGAACGACAAGCGACACGCUGCCCUCGACGCCAUGGUUGCUGCUGGGCAUAGCCACCACGCACCUCCUGGAGUCAUUUACCCGACUAAGCCAUGCACGCAAGGAGAACGCAACUGUACCAAGGUUCUUGAGGUUGCCCGCAUUGCGCUAGAGAAUCUUGUCAUUGCUUAG